AUGUCGCGAAUUUGGCAAUGCACGAUUGAUACUUUUGGUGACGAGCUAGGACCGAUGAGUCGGCUCGCCGUGUCUGUUCGGCUCGAUUACAUAAAGCGCGUGGAGACAGAUCACACCAACGAAGAGAAACUUCUUCGGCAGCUCCUUGAUCGGUUAAGGAACACUAACCUGUCCACUCCACGGGUAAUGCUUAACUUGGCGCAAAACUUGAGAAAACAGGGAAAGCAUGAAAAAGCGGAGAGGACUGCGAGGGAUGUCCUUUUACUACUUGGUCAACACCAGAUUUAUUCUUGCAGAACUGUCGAGAGGAUAGAAUCUCUGAAAGUUGUUUCUCAUAGUCAGUUUGACGGAGGGAAGGUUGAAGCAGCAGCGCAGACGAUAGAAGAGGCGAUACAAAUGAUUAAGGAUCAUUUAGGAAACGAACAUCCUUGGGUCACAGAGUUCAAGACUGUUCUGGAGGACAAGGUGGUGGACGCGGACAACCUGCAACGGGAGAUAGACAAAUUGAUGAAGAAGGAUUCAACCGAAGAGGAUCUUACUGUGUUUAACUGA